AUGGGCCGCCGCCGCUUCGGCACCAUAUUCCGCUGCUUCUCCUUCGCCGCCUACAAGGUCAUUGACAAGCGCCGUCCCUCCAACGCCACUUACCGCCAAUGCCUCGUCAACGAACCCAAGCUCAUGACCCUCCUUUCCCCUCACCAUCACAUCCUCAGGAUCCUCGACGGCCACGAGACCGACGACCGCCUCUCCCUCAUGCUGGAGCUCUGCGAACCAGACACUCGCUACGACCGCAUAUUGUCCCGUGAGGCCCUCCCCGAGCCUGAGGCCGCCGCGUGCAUGGGGCAACUCCUCCGCGCCCUCAUGCAUUGCCUCCCCCUGAGUGUCGUUCACCAGGACGUGAAGCCCGAAACGUGCUCUUGGAUUUGA